CCUACGUGUGUAGCGCACAAACACACGUACACACACACCGGAUCAUCAUAAAACUGAGGCGACUCACUCAUGGUGGAAAACUAGACUAGAAAGAAGUUAAUUAUUAUAGGCCUUGUGCUUUAAAAUUCAUAAAUAGAGUUUUGAAUUAAAGCAGAACUUGCAGAACAAUGAGUUCAAUGAAUGGGUUUUGUAUAACUUUGAUAUUAGUAGUAGGCCUAGCCGGAGUGUUCUCUGCAGGUCUAGGCCUACGCGGCGGAAAAGGAAGCAACCCUGACGAAGUCCUUUCGCUGCCUGGUCUGGCUGUCCAGCCUAAAUUCAAGCAUUACUCGGGCUACUUAAAAGCUAGUGGAACAAAGAAGUUGCAUUACUGGUUUGUUGAGUCGCAGUUUGAACCGGAAACUGACCCAGUAGUCCUGUGGAUGAAUGGCGGACCAGGCUGCAGUUCUCUUGAUGGGUUGCUAUCCGAACUUGGACCAUUUCAUUUGCGAGAUGACGGAAAAACUGUUUACAUGAAUCCAUACAGCUGGAAUAAUGCCGCUAAUGUCAUUUUCCUUGAGGCACCAGCUGGAGUUGGAUUUUCUUACUCGGAUGAUAAGAAUUACACUACCGAUGAUGACCAGGUUUCAAUGGAUAAUUACCUUGCUCUUCAAGAUUUCUUCACCAAGUUUCCUCAGUUUAGCAAGAAUCCAUUUUUUGUAACUGGCGAAAGUUACGGAGGGGUUUACGUUCCUACGUUGUCUAUGAGAAUACUGGAGGGAAAUGCUACCAUUAACAUGCAGGGAUUUGCUGUUGGUAAUGGUUUAUCCAGUUACGCUCUUAAUGAUAAUUCCCUUAUGUACUUUGGGUACUACCAUGGAUUAUUUGGAACUGAUUUAUGGAGCCAGCUUCAAUGUUACUGUUGCAACGCUUCCUACUGCAAUUUCCAUGACAACGCGCAACCACAAUGCUCCCUCGUGGUCGGCGAAGCAAUGAAUAUUGUGUACAAUAUUGGUUUGGACAUCUACAACCUUUAUGAUGAUUGUGCCGGUGGCAUUCCUCCGCAUGCGACUGUGUUCAAGGUCGCGAUGUCAAACCUGUUUAGAAAUUACAAGAUAAAAUACACUCCAUUGAUCAAGAAGCCGCCCAAGUUAAGAGUAACACCACCUUGUGUAAAUGUAACAUCCAGCUUAAUUUAUCUCAACAACCCGGAUGUCCGCAAGGCUUUGCACAUUCCAACUAGCGUACAAGACUGGGACAUCUGUAGUGGUGUAGUAGGAGCUCAAUAUGUGAGGAAAUACCAAACAUUGUAUAAUCAAUACCAGACAUUGGUCAAGCAUUACCGCAUAAUGGUAUACAAUGGUGACAUCGACAUGGCCUGUAAUUUCCUCGGCGAUGAAUGGUUUGUGGAAUCACUGAAGCUGGAUAAAUCUGGGGAUCGCAGAGAGUGGGUGUCCAAUAAACAAAUUGCUGGCUUUGUACAAGACUACACAAAUGUUACCUUGGUAACCAUCAAGGGUGCCGGUCACAUGGUUCCUCAGGACAAGCCAGCACAAGCCUUGAAAAUGUUUACCGCGUUUAUUAAAAAUACUCCGCUGAACUAAUUUCAUAGACUGCUAUUUCAAUCUAGAAGUUCUUUCAUGUAAACUAGCAAAGGAUAUAGAAAGGGUAGAGAGCACGGUAUGCUUGUUUAGGGCAUCUAUAAUCUAGAAGUUCUUUUAUGUAAACUAACAAAGUAUAUAGAAAGGGUAGAGAGCACAGUAUGCUUGUUUAGAGCAUAAAUGAACGAUACGUCCAAAUACGCAGCUAUGGAAGGAUGCCUUCUGCCAUUGGAAUGUCUUUUAAGUUACCUAGUAGUAUCCAUCAGAAUUAGUUGUUUAUCUUUUGUAUCAUCAACAUUAUACAGUUCCUUUGUAUCGGGAGAUAUUUAUACAGUUGCAGAUCCAGGAAUUUGAAAUAGAGGGAGCCAGGAGAGGAAUUUUUACAGGUGAAGGGUCUAUACAACUGGUAAGACAAUAAUUAUGAUUAUGGCACCUCAAGAUAGCUGGAAAUGGCACUAUCAGACUUCAAUCGGCCACUAUUAUAUAUAUUCUUAGAUCACCAGAUGACCACACCGCAGCACACUACCAUGACAAUGAUGUCGGCUUCCAUAUGGUGUAGCUAUGGUUGCAAUAUAUUUUCAAACAGCGCUGUGCCCUGUUCUCUUUCUAUACUCUUUGAAGGUAUCAGUCACAUCUAGUGGUACUUGCAGUUAAAUAAUAAUAAUAAUAAUUAUAGUAAUAAACAUUUGUAAAUAGUUAGUAUCCUUCUGAAUAUGCUCAUGGGGAAGAAAAAGAACAGAAACCGUACAUAGAUUUUUGACAAAAAAAAAAAAAGUUUUCAUUGAAGUAACAGCAUUCAUAUCUAUUGUUGCAGUAGUCCCAUACCGUAGUUCUCACACUAAUACAUUCGACCAAGGUUAAACUAUUGCCAAAAUAUAAUGUUGCCAAAGUAGAACUGGCUUUGCUAAACAUAAUGUAUGUAUGUAUGUUGAUAUGCUUCAUGAAAUGUGAUAUUUUUCUAAUCUAUGACAGGAAACAUGUAAUUUUACCUCAUUAGUGUUUUGUCAUGUUAUGUGCAGCUAUAAUAGGCCCAGUAACAAAAUGUAUUAGUUUAUCCCCUAUCUAGGCGGGAAAAGUGAAGGGAGGCUUUUUAUUUUUAUUUUUUUAUUUUGCUAAGGCCAAAUCACCCUUGGGUUGUUUUGCUGGUGCAUUGAUAUUCAAAGGAAUAUACAUGAUUGAGAUAAUACAAACAAUAUCUACUUACUAACUAUUUACUAAAUAAAAUGACCAAAAAAAAAAAUUUUUUUCUUAUUUAUUUUUUAUUUUUCCAAAUAUAAUUUUUUUUCCAGUAGCAUAGAAGACAUGGGGGCGAAGGUGAUAAACUAAUAUUUUUUAUUGGUCCUAAUAGGCAUGAUACUUAGAUUGUGCAAUGUUGAUUGAAAUGGACAAUAGACACCAAAUGUGACUGGCUCGUGCAAAACCCUCUGUUUGUCGCAAUUUCUAAUUUCCCGCAAGCAAUAAAAAACGUACGAGAAUCAGAAUUUUGAACAUGUUUUUGCAUUUUAUAAGAGAAGGAUAUUUUGAAGAACAUUUCUGCAAAAUAUCGAUUACUUAAUCUAACUGAAAUGUAUAUUAAAAUUAUUUUUGAAAUACUAAUUUUAGUUAUAAACUAUUGAUUUUGGAGACCUGUAUUUAUUUUUGUGUCAAAUUAAUUAAUGAAACAAAAUGUUCAAAAAUUGUAUUUUUCAGAAUUGUGAAUUUCAGAGGCUUAUCUGAACAUGUGCAAAUUUAGAUAGUGUGUAUUUAAUAUAAUAUGAUAUAAAAAUUACCAUUUUUCAAUAAUUUAUUGCAAGAUAAUUCUAGUAAAGUUGUUGAUAAUUAAUUUACAUAUCUUGUACAUGAAUAAUAGUUAAAGUAGGUGGACUAGUUAUUAAAUUUUAUACACAGAUCAUAUGCAAAAAUUGUUUUCAUGCUGAGAUGAAUAAAUCAAAUGUUAAAUGCUAAAA